UAUUUGGGAAUCUGUUGUAUUCAUUUCCGCCCUUUUGUGUUUUUGAACCAGAGGGAAGAAUUAUACUUUUUUUUUUUUUUAUUGAAUUGUGUUUGAUACCAUUGAUAAAAUUCACAUCGGAGGCAAGACAAGGGAUUCAGAGAUGAAUGAGUGACUUUCUUUGAAGGAGAAUGAGGCCGAUUCAUCAGAUAAGAUAUUCACCAGGGAGAGCGAGAGAGUGUGUGUGUACAUGUCUGUAAUAGGCUGUGAGGACAACUUUAUCAGAAUAUUUUGAGCUUGUAAGGGCAUUUUGACCUUGCAAGGACAGUUUGGCUUAACUUUAAAGGGCUUUUGGGGGGUUUAGACGUGGUUUUAAGGUUUGGGUUAGACUUGGGUUUAGGUUAAGACACAGCCCUCUGUUGAGAGUUAUGUGUAAAAGUGUCAUAACUAGGAAUGCUGUACAAGAAUGUGUGUGUGUGUGUGCAUGUGUCUUGGUAACCGGUUGGACAGAAACUUGUUUUGUCUCUGGUUCAUUCCAACACUAAGCUCCACCCACACUCUCCCAUGCUCUCAUUGGCUGUGACACACUCAGGCAGCCCCUCCCUGAUAGCUGUUAGCUGCUUAGCACUGUGCCCGGACGACAGGAGGGGACGCCGGGGUAAGCGGAGGAGAAAAACGCACAGAACAGAAGGAGAUGGUCCCGGCGGAGGACGGCAGAGACGCGCGGUGACCGGACAGCGAUCCUGCCGAAGAAAAGAACCGCUUUCCGAUGACCAUGCAAUCACUACCCGCUCGCCCUCGCCGUUAGUGUGUGUGUGUGUGUGUUAGUGUGUGCACGUGAGUUGUGGGACUGUGUGUGUGUGUGUGUGUGUGUGUGUGAGAGAGGGUGAGUGAGUGAGUGUGUGAUCCAGGAUGGGCUUUGGUCGAGAUCUCAGGAAUUCCCACGAGGGAUUACUGAAGCUGCAGGACUGGGAGUUAAAGCUGUUGGAGACUGUGAAGCGCUUCAUGACUCUGCGUGUGAAGAGCGAUAAGGAGUACGCCGCCCUGCUGCUCAGCAUGACUCAGCAAACUGAGAAGCAGGAAGCUGCUGAUUACAUCAGCACAGUCAGCAAAUCGUGGUCACAGGUGAUUCGUCAGACUGAAGCAUUGGGUCGUGUGAUGAGGAGUCACGCUGACGACCUGAACUCUGGUCCUCUGCACCGCCUCGCCACGCUGAUCCGAGACAAGCAGCAAGUGAAGAAGAGCUACCAGAGUCUUCAUCAGCAGCUGGAGAGCCACAACCACAAGGUAACUAGGAGCGAUCUGGAGAAGCUGAAGUCGACGUAUCGUCAGCUGAGCCGCGAAGCGAACAACGCCAAAGAGAAAUACAGAGAGGCUCUCACCAAAGGCAGGGAAGCGGAACGUGCACGUGAGCGUUACGACAAAGUCACAGGCAAACUUCACAACCUUCAUAACCAGUACGUGUUAGCAGUGUGCGGCGCUCGGACGCAGCAGGAAGAACACCGCCAGCAUUCAGCGCCUGAUCUGCUCGACGCCCUCCAGAGGAUGCAGGAGGACAUGACGCUCGCACUUCGGAGCAUUCUUCAGGAAUAUAGUGAGAUCAGCAGUCUUCUGACCGACGACAUUGUCAAAGUUCAUCAGGAGAUCUCGACGGCGGUUCAGCAGAUCGACCCUCUGGCUGAGUACCAACAAUUUAUCGAUGCCUACAGGUCCCCGGAGACUCCGGAGACGAGUGUGGAGUUUGACACGAGCCUGUUGGAGGAGACGGACAACCUGCCGGCCAACGACAUCCUAUGGAACACGCUGACGGCUGAAACCCUGCAGGCCAUGUCAUCGUCGGCGACGGCGGAGCUGACGUUGACGCAGCAGAAUCUGAGGACGAAGGAGGCGCUGGCCGAUGACCUCGACGCCAAGAUCCAGACGAGUCAGCAGAACGCAGAGAGGACGAGCGACUGCGUCCUUCUGCUCAGUCAGAAACUCUCUCUCCUCGAGCUCCGUCACGCUGUCCAGUCGCUGCGGUCGUCCGAGGCCCGUCUGGUCUCCCAAAAGGCUCUGUUGGACACCAAGAUGGCCACUGCUGCCACGUCCCCUCCCCCACCACCGCCGCCUCCUGCACUGCCGUAUGAGGACGACGCUCGCUCUGUUGGAUCGACUGACAAGACAAAAGAGCGAACUUCUCGCUUCGACACCCUGCGUCACUCUCUGGCAGGAAUGAUUCGCUCGCCUAAAGGAAUGCUUGGCUCCUCCUCCUCGCAGCAGUUCUUUGAUGUCAUCCCGACAUCAGAGCGCCCCCUGGCAGACCAGGAGUGGUAUCACGGCGCCAUCCCUCGCACUGAGGCUCAGGAGUUGCUACGGCAACAGGGAGAUUUCUUGGUGAGAGAGAGUCACGGUAAACCGGGCGAGUAUGUCCUGUCGGUGUUUUCUGACGAGCAGCGGCGACACUUCAUCAUCCAGUAUGCAGAUAGUCAGUAUCGUUUUGAAGGGACAGGCUUCGGUACAAUCCCUCAGCUCAUUGAGCAUCACUUCUCCAGCAAACAGGUCAUCACUAAGAAGUCUGGAGUGGUGUUGCUCAACCCUGUCGUCAAGGAUAAGAAGUGGAUCCUGAACCACGAGGAUGUGUCGCUAGGGGACCUGCUGGGAAAGGGUAACUUUGGCGAGGUGUUCAAAGGAACACUGCAGCGUGACAAAACACCAGUCGCUGUUAAAACCUGCAAAGAAGACUUACCGCCGGAGCUGAAGAUCCGCUUCCUGUCUGAGGCCAGGAUCCUGAAGCAGUACGACCACCCCAACAUUGUGAAGCUGAUUGGCGUUUGCACACAGAGACAGCCGAUCUACAUCGUCAUGGAGCUGGUUCCAGGUGGAGACUUCCUGUCGUUUCUGAGGAAGAAGAAGGACGAGUUGAAGACGAAGCAGCUCAUCCGCUUCUCCGUUGACGCCGCUGCUGGAAUGGCGUACCUGGAGAGCAAGAACUGCAUCCACAGGGACCUGGCGGCGAGGAACUGUCUGGUUGGUGAGGGCAGCGUUCUGAAGAUCAGUGACUUUGGGAUGAGUCGUCAGGAGGAUGACGGCAUUUAUUCUUCGUCUGGACUGAAACAGAUUCCCAUCAAAUGGACGGCACCGGAGGCGCUUAACUACGGUCGUUAUAGCUCAGAGAGUGACGUGUGGAGUUACGGGAUCCUGCUGUGGGAAACCUUCAGUCUGGGGGUGUGUCCUUACCCUGGAAUGACCAAUCAGCAGGCUCGAGAGCAGGUGGAAAAAGGUUACAGGAUGGCGUGCCCUCAGCGUUGCCCUGAAGAAGUGUACAAAGUGAUGCAGCGCUGCUGGCAGUACAACCCCGAGGAACGGCCCAAGUUCUCUGAGCUUCAGCGAGACCUCAGUACCAUCAAGAAGAAGUGAUGACAUCAUCAGAGAGGGGCGAAGACAAGUCACUUUUUUAAAUCAGGUGGGCGUGGUCAGCAGCUGCGUCACAGACCUGUGUUGGCAUACAACUGCACCUACGUUGUAAACAACAGUGGGCGGGAAGCAUGCCGAGGUCUACACCACCAGCUAAUCACCUGAUCAAUCAAUAACGGAGCUAAGAGCAUGAAUGUAGUGAGGUGUCCUGCUCUGAUUUACACUGAACCUUCUUAUCACGUCUCAAUCAUCACAGUAACAGACUGACACUACAGAAACCUAGAAGCUACAGCAACCUCAGUGGUUACCUCGGUAACAGUUCCCGUGAUUUCAGUGAUUAAAACCCUCUAUUUAUUGUGAAAAGAAAAACAAACCAAAAACAACUUCUUUUUUACGCCAUAAGCUAGAAGACGCCGCUGCCGGCCCCACCACUACUGUAACCAUGGCAACAGAGUGAACACUAAAAACACUACAAACUCUGCUUAUUUUUUUAUUUAUUAUGUUUUUAGUCAUUUUAUUUCUUUUUAUGCCAAAAAACAACCGGAUGUCAAUCAUCACACAGACCACGCCCACCUACCUUCCUUUUUUGUGUAGUUUCUGACUAGUUUCCAAAAUCUUGUCAGGUAAACGUAAGAACCUACAUUUUACAGUUUCUUAUUUUGAACAUUUUUAAAUUUUACAUUUAAUUGUUUUUUAAACACAUUUUUAUUUUGUUUUUUUUGUAAAAUGGCUCUACAUAUAUAUAAAUAUAUAUAUAUUAUAAAAUAAAAUCAGCACUUAUUCAAUAUAUUUGCUGGUUGCCAUGGGAACUGAAAACUCUAAAAGUAUUAGAAAGUUGCGUGUGUGAGCAUGACGGAUUGAGAGUCCCGAUUGGUCAAGAUCACUACCUGGACUGCGUGAGGAUGGAGCCUGAAUUUGAGUUAUGUCAGAGCUACUGACUGUUACUGUAAAUAAAUGAAACACUAAUCUUCUGUUUGUCUUUUAUAUUUGUUUACACUCUUUAUAAAAAUAUCGUAGCAUUUAUUACGAAAAUAAAUCAAAUGUCAAAACA